GAACCCCACUUCUAAAAAAUUCUUUUCAGGAUCACAGAUCAUAGGUCACUUGAGAGUUCUUGAACCUCAUCUGGUGAAAGAAUAGCUAUAGCUAUAGUACACUACUCAUAAUAGCUUUUGCAAAAGCUGGGUAUUGGGUAGUGUACCACCAUAUAUAUAUAUAUAUAUAUAUGAAGAAAUAAUGUAACAAAAAAUAGUGGAGAGAGCUAGAGAGGACAAUUUUUUUUGUUAAAUUCUUUUUGUAUUGGGUUCCUUGAGUUAAUAAUAAUAUAUUUAAAGAGAUAUAUAAUCAAUAGAGAUCAGGUUCUUUGUUCUAAUUAUUUUUAUGGGGUGCAGUAGUACUGGUAGUAAGUAACUAGAAAAAGAGGUCAAUUAUCAGAUCAAAGACAAAUGAUGGCUGGAAACCCUAACUGGUGGAGCAUGCAAUAUCCACCAUCUCAAUCUCAAACUACUCUCUUUCCUCCUAAUAAUCUUCACCAUCACCAGACUUAUGUGCUUUCAGGAUCUUCUUCACUUGCCCCUUUGAAUUAUUCUUUCCCUGAUGCCCAAGACCCUCCACCCUCCUCCUCCUGGAGCCAAUUACUUUUGGGUACUACUAUUACUACUGGUUUUUCGGGAAAUAACGAAGAUAGGUUUGUUGAUGAUAGCAAUAACAGUACUACUCUGAGUCAUCAUCAUUUUCAACCAAGGAAGUUGGAAAAUUGGGAUGAAGAACAACUCUUACUUGGAAACAAUAAUUCAUCAGCUGUCAAGCUUCCGGCAGCCGCCACCGCCACCGCUGCCACAACCACCGCGGGCCUCGAUUAUCAUGGGGAUGUAAAGCAAGAGGGCACGCCCAUGAAAAACAACCUGUUGUAUAGUCAUCCAGGCCGAGAAGAAGAGUGCUUGCAGGCAAUUAAUAGGUCCAAUAUAAGUAGUACAGUUUGGUCACCACCACAAGCACUAGCGAUGCCAGUAGUUUCUUCACCUAUUAUGUCUUGUGUCACCACCACUACUAGUUUAGGCAGUAAUAAUAUGUUGGAUUUCUCAUACUAUAACAACAAGCCAGUUGAAAGUGGAAACCAAAAUACAGAUCACUCCUCUGAGGGUCAUAGCACAGACACCAGAGGAGGGGUGAGUAAUAAGAAAGCUAGGGUUCAGCCAUCCCCAAGCCAACCACCAUUAAAGGUGAGAAAGGAGAAGCUGGGUGAUAGAAUAACGGCACUCCACCAGCUAGUUUCCCCAUUUGGGAAGACUGACACUGCUUCUGUGUUGUUAGAAGCCAUUGGGUAUAUCAGAUUCCUUCAGAGUCAAAUUGAGGCCCUGAGCUCUCCUUACUUGGGCAAUGCAUCAAAAAACAUGAGGAAUUAUAAUCAACAAUAUGUGAAUGGGAAGAGUGAUGAUGAUGAAAAGCCAAAAGACCUAAGCAGCAGAGGGCUGUGCCUGGUUCCUGUGUCUUGCACCCAACACGUUGGAAGUGAUAAUGGAGCUGAUUAUUGGGCUCCGGUGGCUUACGGCAGUGGUUUCUGAUAGUGCCUAUAGCUACUUCACUAAAUUAUAAUUAACAAACCUACCAUUAUUAUUAAUAGAGCAUUAUCUAUUAUUGUUUAUUAUUCUAAAAUUGUUAUAACAUCAUGAGCAGUCACUCUGUUGUAAUUUAAGAUUGAGUGCUCACGAUGCUAUGCAUUUAAUCAUUUCAUGAUUAAUCAUAUCAUAUAUAUAUAUAUAAGAUCCUAAUUAAUUAAGUGCUUAUUAUAGUUAUUAGUUGAUCUUAAUUAUUAUUUCUAUUAUUAGUGCAAGUUCCGCUUAUUAAUUGUUAACUUAUUAUUAGGAAAAGACAUUUACGUACGGUAGUGGUUUUUUUGGAUUUCAAUUUGAUUGGUUAGGAAAAUGAUCGUGUCUUUA